AGGAUCCAAGUGUACAGAACACAUGCGGAUAUUGGCUUGUCCAAACGAUCAAAGAAUAAUCCCUCAGAAAAAGAAAGAUUUAACAUCGCAAAGACUGGAGGGCCCCGAAUGACAGGUGAGAAAUAUAGACUAGCUAAUGUAUCAAAACAAAGAAGAAACUGCCAUUUAAUGUACAAGAUUGCUUUGUUUAAAGAAAGCCUCAGUAAGACAGCUAAAAACCUCAAUGGAGUUAGUAUAAAAUCAACCUCGUCCCCAGGGCUUUAAAAUGUCUCAAAUACCAAACCUACCUUGCAGAAAUUACUCUUGCAAAGUAGUUUGCCUUCCUCAAUGGAAGUCUGUUUCUAUCAAUUUCCCCUGAGUAGCUGAAAAUGUUUUCAUGACAUUCUUGAGAGGUAGAGGAAUUUUGAGUGAAGGGUUUACUUUCUAAAGAAACUGUGUUGUUACGAUGGCAACCGUAGGAGGAUUGAGAAGCUGACGUUUCGGACGCUACCCCGACCCUCAGUCCUCAGAUAGCCUGUGUACAACCGCCGCCCCCCCUGUAAACAGGUUACUCAAAACGUAAGCUUCUCAAUCGUCUACGAUCACCAGUCUACUUUAUGAACUCAUUUGAUGAAACCAAAUAAAUGGAAUGGCGAGUGUUCAGGGCGCUUAGAAGGUCACCGGAGAUACUGAACACAAUGGCCACUAAAUGACAUGAUGUAAAGACUACUUACAGAUAAAUCAUUCUCUUAAACACAUAGCUGAAGUGCAAAAAGAGGUAGAGCGGAUCUAUGAACUGGCCAAAAGUUUGAACAUGGUGGUUAUCGACUGUGACGUCAUCAACCAUCCCUCUCAGCUGACCGACUGCUCGCUGGCGCCAAUAUCGAUCUACAUCAAAAUGGAGCCACAAAUUCUGGAAAAACUCGUCAAAUUACGUGGAUCCAAGAGGAAAAACCUAGGAGCUCAAGUGGUAGCCGCUCAAAAGCUUGCACAGUGCAACGAGGUCAGUAACUCAUUAAAACUGUACGUACAACGAAAUUCUUUCGUCACACAACGCUACAGGUUCGUCACACAACGCUACAGGUUCGUUACACAACGCUACAUGUUCGUAACACACACCACACGUUCGUGACACAACGCUUCAUGUUCGUAACACAACGCUAUAUGUUCGUCACACAACGCUACAUGUUCGUCACACAACGCUAUAUGUUCGUAACACAACGCUACAUGUUCGUAACACAACGCUACAUGUUCGUAACACAACACCACAUGUUCGUGACACAACGCUACAUGUUCGUCACACAACGCUACAUGUUCGUCACACAACGCUAUAUCUCACGCUAUGUUCACACUAUACCGGAUAGUUUUGCGUGCCGACAUGUACAACUAUCCGGUGUAGUAUGAACACCUAUCAGACAUGUGACUCUCCACUUAAGAGAUCGGCACGGCGCAGCUUUACUCUGUUACAGAUAUCGCCCCCCCAAAAAACGUUGUAUAUGUGAACCGAGGCCCUAUCCGAUAUGGUUUUCAUACCGGCGCAAAAGCCAUCCGAUCUAGUGUGAACGUUACCUCAAAUACUUUGGAAAGGGAUCUGGUGUGACAACCCAAAGGGAAGGAGUGUGUCAAUAGAGACUCGGGUUUUUUGUCUGUAGGAGAAAACCGACACUAGUUGCCAAACAGGUCUCUGUUAGGUAGUGAAUCUUCCUAUGGCUAGUGUUAUCUUCAAUCUUCUGUUUAACACAGGAAAUGUUUGACUUGGUUCUUGAUGAGGCCAUUUUUGAAGACGCUUGUGAGCACCUUGGGGAGUUUCUUGACCAGUACUGGAGAGACCUGCACCCAAGUGACAAAGAAGAUGGUGCUUUACCUCUAACGGAAAAGACGCCUUUGCUUCAAGGAGUUUCUAACGUUCCAGGAACUAAGGUAACCAGGGGUGUUUACCAUUUUAACAAACCACCCGGCUGGAAAUCUUGUGCAUAAAAAUAAAUCUAUGAAAUUUGAUUUGGUGGAGAACGAUCCGCUACAACGUAUGCGCAAAUUAGCUGAACAGGCUUAAGAGAACAGAAAAAUUGCAUUGCCUUAAAUCACAGACUACAUUUUCUGAAGCUCCCAAACGGAAUGGCGCCCGGAAUUUCCGGUUUUCUCGUUUAAAUUGUAAGUACCUCAUUUUUGUUAAGGCUGAGAUUGGCCAAAUCUAAAUCAAAAGGUGUUAAGACCAAGGCUGAAUCCAUUUCAUAUCAUUUCUGAGAGCUUUCUAACUUGACGCAACGAAAAAAGGUACACCUACGUCCUAAGGUACAAGUCAUUUAAAGAGACAGCAAAACAGAUUUCACCUUCUUUGAGCAAUGUUACCAUUCCUUUUUAAUUAUUGCUACGAUGAUGAUAUUAAUCAAAUACAAAAUCAUUCAUGAAAGAGGUAUGGUAAUUCGCAUGACGUGAUACCAGCAGUUUCUAUAGCGACAGCUUAAACCGCUUAAUUUUUAUCUUGAAGGGUUAGCGCGAGAAAGAAAAAUCAUUUACCCCUUGCGCUGGCGGUCAAUAAAUCCCGCGCGUUUUAUAUUAUAGCGCGCGCGGUCGACGGACUUUGAAGAGAAAAUAUAGGGUCUGUGAACAGGCUUCAAAAUUGUACUGUAAUAUGGAAUCCUAAUUCGUCUUGAGAGUGGCCAUAUGUUCUUUAUCAGUGAGUAGAUUUAUCGUAGCAACAAUUGAUACAGGGUGGUGAUAUUGAUUCAUCAGAAAGAAUAAGUGCUAAAACAGGAGGAAGCUGCGAGCCAGCCUAAAACAUCUCUUGUAAUUCAGUUAAAAUUGAUUAAAUGACAGGUUCCAACGACGAGUUUGACACAGAAAACACAGAACCAACAAGGCGCACAAGGAUCGUCUGAGGUUCAAGACUCGGUUGGAUCACGUAGGAAGAUGGCGGUAACUGGGGCUGCACCUGACUUCGGCAAAAAGUUGCACGAAGCUUUCCAAAGUACUCAAACGACGAAACCAAAAACGUACCAAGGCGAUACUGGCUACCAAGCAGCUUAUAGCUCGGAGAUGCAGCAAUAUGACCAACAGCAGCAGCAGCAACAACAGUACUACCCUCAAGAGGAAUAUUAUGAUCCGGGACAAAAUUACGGGGCUGAAAUGUAUGGGCACCAGCAGGGUUACUCCAGUGAGUCCUAUCGCCAGCAAGGAUACAACCAACAGUAUAGUCAGGACAGCCAAUAUGAUUACGGACAGUAUGGGCAGGACCUUAAUCAGGGUUACUCCCACGGGUACACGAAUGAACACCAGUACCCCGACCCUUACUAUGAUCAUGAUUCAAGCAUGGGAUAUCAGCAGUACGGUAAUGAGAUGGAGAGUGGAUAUCAACAGGGCCAUGAUUGGUACGGGGACACCGGCAACUAUUACGGCGGAGGUGGCUACUAUCACUGA